CACGUUUGAAAUUAAAACGGUAUUUAUUUUAUGAAACCCAUUAAUAGAAUAAGGCCCCAUCUUUAUAUCAGCCCAUAACCUGAUUUCCCACUCUCCCGAAACGGCGUCGUUUCCCUAUCACUUUCUUCCCUAAUUCGAUUCCCUCCGGAAAUCGCACCUUAUGCUGCCCUAAAUCCUCAUUUGUUCUUCUUCUUCGAUUCGCUUCCCAAAGACAGAUUGCGAUGCAGUAAAGGAAACUAAGCUGUGUUGCUGGUUAUAAGAUGUUGAAGACGUCAUUCUUCCCUUGCAAAGCAAAUGCUCUUGGUGCACCCUCAGGUUUCCCCAUCAAGUUAUCGUCUACUGUACUUGUGAAAGCCAAAAGACCCAUUCAUUUAAAAGCAUCUGGGGCUAAAAUGGAGCUCUCGAUCACACGGCCCGAUGAUUGGCAUCUCCAUCUUCGUGAUGGUGAACUUCUGGAAGCAGUUGUACCUCACAGUUCGCAUCACUUUGGAAGAGCCAUAAUCAUGCCGAACUUGAAACCUCCAGUCACCACCACAGCAGCUGCUGUGUCCUACCGACAGUCGAUUUUGAAAGCUUUGCCGGAAAAUAGUGACUUCACCCCUUUGAUGACUCUUUAUCUGACCGACACUACGAGCCCUAAUGAGAUAAAAUUAGCAAGGGAGAGUGGAGUUGUAUUCGCCGUUAAGUUAUACCCUGCUGGUGCUACCACAAAUUCUCAAGAAGGUGUAACAGAUCUAUUCGGCAAGUGUUUGCCUGUACUUGAGGAAAUGGUUCAACAAAACAUGCCUUUGUUGGUACAUGGAGAGGUGACAGAUCCCGAUGUUGAUGUGUUUGAUCGUGAAAAGGUGUUCAUUGACACAGUUCUUAGCCCCUUAAUUCAAAAGCUUCCACAACUCAAAGUUGUCAUGGAGCACAUUACCACUAAAGAUGCUGUAAAUUUCGUCCAGUCUUGUCGUGAAGGAUUUGUUGCAGCAACCGUCACGCCGCAACAUCUUGCUCUUAACAGAAACUCCCUUUUCAAAGGAGGACUCCAACCUCACAGUUACUGCCUUCCAGUACUCAAGAGAGAGAUACAUAGGCAGGCAAUUGUGUCGGCUGUGACAAGUGGAAGUAAAAGAUUCUUUCUCGGAACCGAUAGUGCUCCUCACGAAAGAACAAAAAAGGAAUGUUCUUGUGGAUGUGCUGGAGUAUACAAUUCGCCCGUGGCAUUGUCGGUUUACGCCAAAAUUUUUGAAGAGGCUGGUGCACUGGACAAAUUAGAAGCGUUUACGAGCUUUAACGGACCGGAUUUCUACGGUCUUCCUCGAAACACGUCGAAGAUUAAGCUGAGCAAGACACAAUGGAAGGUGCCGAGUUCGUUUUCGUUUAAAUUUGGCGAAAUUGUUCCUAUGUCUGCAGGUGAAACACUUGAUUGGCUACCAUUACCAUUAUCUCCUUAAAAAAAAACAAAGGAACAAAUGAUUCAUAUCACAAAUGUUUUCUUGUUCUGGAAUUGCAGUUAUUUUUUAUUAGUUUUAUUUUUUGUACCCAUUGGUCUUGCAACAUAUGUAAGUGGAUAAUAGACUAUUUUAUUUAUGUUUUUUGAGAAAAUAUAAUUGGUCUAUGUUA